AUAAUCUUCGGACAUUGAUUCAUUGUCACUUCAUCCUUAGUGUUGACUGCAAUAUAAACAGCUUGUGUCUUGUCUUGUCUUCAGUCUCAGGUAAACGUACUUGUAUAUAUAAUAACUACUUCAUAUAUAUUUGUUGUGAUGGCAAGCAUAUAAAUGAGUGGAUGAAUACAUUUCGUCUCAUAUCUUAAACAGUGUUUCCAUCGUUUACCUACUUGCAUACGUUACGAAAUGGAAGUCAUCACAGUAUUAUGUGCAGUGAUAGCUCUGGUUGCCGCAGAUGAAAAAUAUUCUGCUACUAAUGACCACUUCGAUGUGGAAGCACUAGUUGCCAGCAAGGCCGAACUCGAGACCUUUACCUCCUGCUUCAUUAGUAAUGUUAACUGCAACGACAUCAGUAAUGACUUCAAGAAAGACAUACCAGAAGCUGUAAAAGAAGCUUGCGGUAAAUGUACAAACGAACAGAAACACAUCUUCAAAAGGUACUUGGAGGGUUUACAGGAGCAACUACCCCAGCGAUAUGAAGACUUCAAAAAGAAGUACGAUCCGGAAGGCAAACUCUUGGAACCUUUGAGAGUUGCCAUAUCGAAUUCGUAGAAGAAAAAUUUCUUUAUUUUACUUUUGUACACAUAAAAUUCAUGUGAUAUCGGAUACAUUUUAUAGUUACCUACUAUUCUCAUCUAUGCAAUUGACAAAAGUGUAAUUUAUAUAUUACGAAUUAUUUAGUUUUUUUAACUAUGAUAUUAAUAAAUUUUGAUUUAGGUAAUCA